CCUCUGAGCAACAAAGAGUCAACGAAGAGAGAGAGAGAGAGAGAAUAUAUAUUCUUUGUCCAUGACCAUGCAGAAGCUCGUAUUGAGUUUGAUUCUUGCCACUUUCACUAAUCCUCUUUUGUCGCUUCCAAUCAUUGAUUCCAGAGAAGUUCCAUAUCAGUUUCCGGAUGGGAAGAUGAAUUUUGGAGAGUUAAGCAGCCUGGAUGAGGAUUACUUACUCCGCAACUUGCCUGCAGCAGUACUGGCGAAACAUAACCUGCUGGGUGAUACAGAGACGCUGCUCAGCAAAGAGGAACUCGGUGAAGGCAAUCACAACGUUGGAGAGAACAUUAAAGAGAUUCUGUUUGGCAAACACCCACGGAUAUCGUUACUGAGCCUCCUGCAAUCCAAAGACAAGAAACAAUACAAAAAACGUGGGAAUGUAUCCGAAUGCUUCUGGAAGUAUUGCGUCUGAAAGCCGACAGUGUAUCCGUCUGUUUGGCGAUAUUUUUUUUUAUAGGAGCUGCUUGGCUUGGGAAGGCCGGACAUGAAAAUGAAGAAAUGAUCGAAUUAAGGGCCAGGCUGUAGGAUGAAUCAUAGUUUUAGUUUUCAUUUGAAUAGAUUAUGGUUUGCCAAAUAUCAGGUAUAUUUUUCCUGCUUUUCAAGAUAGCUAUUUAAUAAGAAUAAAAAAAAAAAAAUGAAAACAUGGCUACAAAGUUAUUUCAUGGGUUGCUGGAAAUAAAUGCAAAGUGUAU